UUGUGUUAAAAAAAAAAAUUAAAUUGAAUUUAAAAUCAAAUUAUUUUCAUAUUAAUAAUUUGUUAUUUUAAAAAUACAUAAAUAUUUCUUGUGAAUAUCUACAUAUAUAGAGUGUGUUAAAUUAUGGUUGAAAAAAAAGAAAAAUCACCAUUUAUUCUUGAAUUUAAGAAUAAUUAUGGUACAACAAAUUCUGUAGUUCCAACAACAUCAAAUUCACCAUCUGCAAGUCAUCCAUCAACGAUUUACUGUUUACAUGGUCAUCGACAUGUUGAACUUCGUGGUCAUUGCCAUCGUAAAAGAACGGAAGGUGUUGAUACAAAAGCUAGAAAGAAACUUAUUAUUGCAAGUAUAUUGUGUGUGAUCUUUAUUAUUGCAGAAGUUGUUGGUGGUGUACUUUCUGGUAGUUUAGCUAUAGCUACAGAUGCAGCACAUCUUUUAACUGAUUUUGCUAGUUUUAUGAUAUCAUUAUUUGCAAUAUGGUUGGCAGGAAGACCAUCAACAAAAAAGAUGUCUUUUGGAUGGUAUAGAGCGGAAGUAAUUGGCGCUUUGGUAUCCGUUUUUAUGAUUUGGGUGAUUACAGCUAUAUUGGUUUAUAUGGCUGUCGAUAGAAUUAGAAGGCAAGAAUAUGAAGUUGAUGGAAAAAUUAUGUUGAUUACAUCCGGUUUAGCGAUUUUGGUUAAUUUAAUAAUGGGCGUACAAUUACAUGGUUUCCAUGGUCAUUCACAUGGUAGUAGCAGCGGUGGCGGUGGACAUUCACACGGUCAUUCUCAUUCAAAAUCUAAAAAUAAAAAUUCAAAAAAGAAACAAAAACAAUCGCAACAAUCUGCUAUUGGUAAUGAAGAUCUUACAUCAAAUGGUAAUGCUACAAAUCCACCAGAAAUUACACAAAUAGCAACAGUAUCAUCAACAGAUGAUCAUUUAAUAAAACAAAAUGAAACAUAUUCAGUAAAUAUUGGACCAGAAGUUGAAAAUAAAAUGAAUGAUGAACAACAGGAACAAGAAAAUAUGAAUGUUAGGGCUGCAUUUAUUCAUGUUUUGGGUGAUAUUUUACAGAGUGUUGGUGUAUUUAUUGCUGCUCUAAUAAUAUAUUUUAGAGAAGAUUUUGCAAUUGCUGAUCCAAUUUGUACACUUUUAUUUUCAAUAAUUGUUUUGUUUACAACAAUCAGUAUUUUAAAAGAUGCUUUAUUGGUCUUGAUGGAAGGAACACCAUCUUAUCUCGAUUAUGCUGAAGUAUUAGAAAUUUUUCAAAAAAUUGACGGUGUUGAACGUGUACAUAAUUUAAGAAUUUGGGCUUUAAGUGUUAGUAAAGUAGCUGUAUCGGUUCAUUUAGCUAUCAAACCUGGUUGUCAUCCAGCUAAAAUUCUACAAGAAGCAAAUACUGCAGUGCAUCAAAAAUAUAAUUUCUUUGAGACAACAAUUCAAAUUGAAGAAGUAACACCAGAUAUGGAUGACUGCCAGCAAUGUGUUGUACCCGCUAAAUAAUAUUAUGCAACUUCAUAUACAAUAAAAUUUGAAGAAUAUGUACACAUUUAAUUCAGGAAAGAAUAAUAUAAAAAGGACCAAAAAAAAAAAACCCACAAAAAAAAAAAAAAACACGAAAAUGAAGAAAAAAUUUAAUCCUUUAGACCAUGAAAUAAAAAUUGUUAAAUAAAAAUACAAAAACAAAAAAAAAAAGACAUUUAAAAAUGAAAAAUAUUUUUAAGAGUUUCAAAAAAAAAAAAAAAAUUUAAAUAAUAAUAAAAACCCAAAAUAUUAAGUAAUUUAAAUAAGAGAGAAAGAGAAAGAAGAUAAAAGAAAAAUAAUAGAUUUUUAAGAAUUUUUUAGUAAAUCAUAUGUUCGCCUUAGAUCCAAAACUGUCCUAAAUCCAUUUUUAAGAGAAGAACUCAGUUAUUUUUAAAUCAUUAGAUUUCAAUGUUAUUUUUGCUGCUAUGAUAUGAAAGCAUAGCUUUCAUUAGAGCUGUUUUUGCUUAUUAAAAUUGUUGAGUACAAAAUUUCGAAAAUUAUUGGUAAGAAUUCUGCUCUAAUGCGUCCAAUAUUCUUGGAAACAAAACUGGUAUUUAAAUCCGAUUCGUAAGCAAUUCACUGGACGCAAUUAUGAUUUUUAAGCAUUAAGAGAUAGUUUUGAAUAAUUUAGUUUAGAAAAUCAAAAAGUUUCUGUCAACUAUAAGUUAUUAAAAUUUUAAAACCUUAAAAGAGACAAAUUUACAAAACUUUUAAUAAUUCUUCUGAAAAUAUUUUCAUAUGUGAUUUAGGAUAUUUUUGAUCUAAGGUGUACGAUACGUACCUACACGAAAUGAAUGAAUGGGAAAAAAUGGAAAGGAUAUUUUUAUUAUUAUUUUUUUUUUGUUUUUUAAAAGGACAUCAAAUGAAAUAAAAUUUGUGAAUUUUUAGCAUGACUUUUUUUCCUCUCCCAAUUUUUUUUUCACUCAUUUCAUUCAUUCAUUUACUCGCAUUCAGUCAUUCCUUCCUUGUCUAUCUCUUUCUCGUUCUUUUCUUUUGUUUUGGAAUUCUACUAAGGUUGUUAUUCUGUUUUUGUUUUUCUCUUCUCUCGAGUAUUUUUGUUUCUUUAUUUUUUUUUUUGUUGAAUUAGUUUUAGUGCAGAGUAAAGAAAAAAAAUUGUUUUUUGUUAAAAAAAAAUAAAAAAUACAAUAAAAAUGCUUAUAAAGUACUUUGCAAGUAUUAUAAACUUUUUUUUUGUUUUUAAAUAUUAAAGAUUUAUAUACAAAAAAAAAAAAAACAAU